AUGGCUGAAGUCCCAGAGGAUUACGAUUCCCCCUCUGACGAAAAUGAAGACCUGAAGACUGAGAGACCGAAACUUCAGUUUCUUCAGGUGACCGAAGAUAUCGAACCAGGCAGCGUGGCAGAGGCAGGCCCAGAGAUUCCUGUAGAGAUUGACCAAGAGCCACAGCCAGAGUCAGAGGAAGAGGCCUUCAAAGAGAAGACCUCGGAGAGUGCUAAAGAUGUGCCUCCGCACCUAAAACCAACCCGGGCGUCCGAGGAAGAGGUUCCCCACAAGUCCAGGAUAGACCUUUUCAGCGAGGUUGAGCUAAGGAUUCCCCUAGACGUAAAAUCAGAGACUUUUGGACAGAUAGAAAGAGAGCUUUUCAAGGAUUUGCAAAUCCCUGUGGACAGAAAACCUGAGGAACCAGAGGAGGAAGCCAAACCGGAUGUACCUGAGUAUGUACCCAUAGAAGAGAGCAAACCAGAGGUUCCAGAGGAGUCACUCCGAGAGCAAUAUGAAAAGACAGAUCUAGAACCUACAGAGCCGACCAAACCAGAAUCUCCAAGUGAGAAACCAAGAAAAUCAAUUGAAGAGGCAGAUCAACAGCCACCAAAUGUGGCCACAUCAGAUAAUCCAGAGGAAAUACAAAGUAAGUCACCUACAGAGAAAAGGACAGAGUCACCUGAGCAGGCCAAACCAGAGUUUCCAGAAGAGAAACCAAGUACGGCUACUGAGGAAACACAAGAAAAAACUCCAGAGCCACUAGAAGAGAUGGAAUCAGAGUUUUCUGAGGAAAAGUCAAGAAAACCAAUUGAGGAAACAGUUAGAGAGCCAUCAGGAAAGACCACACCAGAAGUUCUGGAGGAGACACCAAGUAAGUCAACUGCAGAGAAAGUUCUAGAGCCGCCAGAGGACACCAAACCAGCAGAUCAAAAAGAUAAGCAGAAAAGGUCAACCGAGGAGACAGAUCUAACACCAUCACGGAAGUUCAGAUCAGAGGAGACACUAAGAAAGUCAACUGAGGAGAAAGGUCCAGAGCCCCCAGAACAAACUAAAGCAGAGUUUCCAAAGAAAGAACCAGAGAAAACUGAAGAAACAGGUCAAGUGCCACCACAGAUGAUCAAAUCAAAGGUACAAGAGAAGACACAAACAGAGCCAACUAGGGAGAUAGAUUUAGAGUUAUUGGAUAAAACCAAACAACUACUUAGAAGAGAGACACCUGUAGAAUUUGCCAAGGAAGAUAGGCCAGAAGCAAUCAAAUUUAAACAUUCUGUCAACAGGGAUGAGCCUGAGUACUCUGACUAUCCAAUAGGAAAGUUGUUAAUAAAAGAAACUAAAGUUUCAAAAGACUGUGUAUUAGAGCCUUUUCCAAUAAGUGAAGUAGACUCGGUGAAUACAGAUUAUGAGUUUUCUAAAGAACUCCAAAAUCUGUUCCAGCUUUCUGAUACCAAUUAUGAAUUCUACUCCUUUUUCUCUGAGUCUCAGAGGGAUUUAAAAGAGUCCUCUGGUGAAAAGCAAGAUCUGUCUCUAGAGUCACUGAAACUGGUAUAUAAAGAUAAAGACACCCAGCCAGAAAAAAAUUCUGAUCUACAAUUUGAGUAUCUUCAAUGGAGCCCAGAAAAAGUUGCCAAGUGGAUUUGCCAGCUAGGCUUCCCUCAAUACAAGGAGUGUUUUACCACAAACUUCAUCAGUGGCCGAAAACUCAUACAUGUAAACUGCUCAAACCUCCCUCAGAUGGGGAUAACAGAUUUUGAGGACAUGAAGGUAAUUUCUCGGCAUACCCGGAAGCUGCUGGGAAUUGAAGAGCCAUUAUUCACACGCUCCAUCCGCCUUCCCUACAGAGACAAUAUGGGCUUAUUUUUAGAGCGAAAAGGUCAUAGUGGAGUUACGUCUGAUUCCUUGACCUUGUCUGAAUUUGUGCGAGAAGCAGGAUUACAGGAUUAUGCUCCACGGGUGACCACCCUUAAAAAUGACGCAGCGUUAUAGUCCGUUGACCUGUAGGGCAAGCUGGUUCAUGUAACUUGAAAAUCAAACUAAAUUAUGUGAGGGAGAAAUGAGGCAUUUCUGUGUUUUCUUUCUCCUCCUCACUCAGAAUCAGAGUUUGAACCGCUGGUCCAUUCCUAGCUCUGCCACUGACUCACAGCGUCCUCCCCUUCUUUAUGUUUCAAUUUCGCCCCUUGUUAAAACAAAGAUAGCAAUAGCUCUCUUUCUGGGUAACUGUAAGACUUCCUGAUAAAUUCUACUACUUCAUCUGGUUCUGGAACACAUUGGGAAAACAUAACUGAAAAUAAAAUCACCUGCCAACUCAGAUAAUCCCAGAUAAGUAUUGAAUCAGCAUUAAAUCAGACUGUGAUGCACAUUACAGGCAGGUCGCUAAAGAGAUUGCUGA